AUGUCUUAUGGCUGCUCCUCGCCGCUCGGCCUCACUACCGGCGACGUCCUGGACUGGCAGAUCUCCGCCUCGUCGUCCUACCCGGCGACGUGGGACGCGGGCUGCCAGGUUAAGUACGCCCGCCUGCACCAGCCCAAUGGCCGGGCGUGGUGUGCCGGCAGGAGGGCCGCCGGCGAGUGGGUCCUCGUGGAUCUCGGUGUGCCGGCCAAGGUGACCGGCCUCCUAACGCAGGGCAAAGGUGACGACGAGGAGUGGGUGACGUCCUUCGAGCUUUCCUACUCCCUAGACGCCUACCACUGGCACUUCGCUCGAGACAUCUACAACAACAAAAAGAGCUUGGUUUCUGGCACCCAGUUUUCACCAGCCUUCCAGGGCCUUACGCCACCCUUCGAUGCUGUCAUCGUAGCGGUAGCAGACUAUCUGAUAGACCCAAUAAUCUGA